AUGCCCACCCCCAUCGCCCACCGUCCCAAAUCCCGCCCAACGGCAUCGUGCCUCCCCUGCCGAACCCGAAAAGUCAAGUGCAACCGCCUCCAACCAUGCGAAACAUGCAGUGCGCGGAACAUCGCGCACGAAUGUAAAUAUGCCGUGCCGGAUGAGGAUAGGCAGGCGAUUGCGCAAGCGGAGAUGAUUGCGGAGUUGAGGGCGGAGGUGAAUCGAUUGCAGAGACAAUAUCAUGAGUAUCAGGAGUCUUCAUCUGUCGAUGAGUUUUAUGUAAAUAUUUUAGAAGAAGGGAGCGGGGCAUUAGAGGAAUUGGAGAAUGGGGAGGAGAGUUUGGGAGAAGGGGAUGAUGAUGAUGAUGAGUUGGAGAGGGUGUAUCGGAUUUUGAAGGACGGGGAGUGGGAGAGGGUGAGGGAGGUGGUGGGGAGGAUUAGGGGAGGUACUACUAUUUCUGUGUGA